AUGACCUUUCCCCAACUAGUUUCACCAGCCCACAGCCAGAUUCCACUUUCAUGCAACAGCACGACCAAUGAUAGCACUAUUCUAAGUAUAGGAUCACCAAGCUCAACAAUUUCUAAUGAUCCUCCUGAGCAGCCACCUGAUAGACCUCUUGGAAAACUUGAAGACAUGAAAGUAAGCGAUUUAAAAAUGGAACUAAAGCGACGCAGCUUGCCAGUUUCGGGUGCAAAGCCGCAAUUAAUCGAGCGAUUGAAGCCGUUUAUGGAGUCACUGAAUUGUAAUAUAAUGACAGACUUGAACGUUACUAACGUUGGCCAUCAAAUACUCGAUGGUCCUAUACUCAUAUCUAAGAAUGAGUCCAACUCUGAUAAGAAUCCUACCUUGCUGAAAAACCAAUCGAUGAACAAACCAAGGAUAAGUUCACCCUGCAACAAUGACCAAGACAAAUUAUCGAAUCUAUCUGGCAACCAAAUGCUUAAAGAGCAUUACCACAAGAAAGUCGAAGAAUUGCAGCGAGAAAUUAUCAAGAUGCGCUCACAUCAGCAGCUUCAACAGUUUCAACAGAAUCAAUCACCGCACACGGAAAAUAAAUUAAUGCUGCAGCAACAUUUACAAAACAAGAUGCAGCAGCAAAACCUCACUCGCCAACUGCAACGUUAUCAGUUUUUACAGCAGCAAGUUCAGCUACAACAGCAACAGGAAAAACAGUCUACCUUUCAGCAACUUAAGGAAAAUGCUAGCCUGGCUACCAUAAUUCACACUAAUACAAAUAAUGGUACGGCCACGGCAAUUCUUGAUUCGACUACUUUUACCAGCAUAAAUAAUCAAAAGAACCAAAUGAAAAGAAGUGGUGCAACAACUUUACAGAUGCCUGCGGCUAUUGUUUUGAAUUUGGCUAAGCCAGCGAAGAUCAAUGGCUCAAUACUUAGCGCUCUCGUAGCUCAAGUCCAGAACCAACAGCAGCAACAAAUAAUUUUUAGUAGAGAGAGGAUGCAGACAUCCUCCAGUGAAUGUACUGAUGCCACUAAAGCGUUAAAGGUUAAAAUUGAGCCACUCCGUAAAGCUCCCGUUAAAAGCCAGAUGGUUGAUGACGUACUUGAAAUUUUAAUUAAAAGUGGUGAGCUUCCGGCAAGUGCAGCUCAAGAACCACUGACACCAACAACACCGAAUAUGCGAAUAACAGCAGGAUUAGUUCUGAAUGAUUCAACAGAUACCCAGACGCAUCCAAAAAUUAUAUUAGCAUCAGCCACAAGCGCAAAGGAAGUGCUGCCAAGUGAGACUACUGGUCAAGCAUCACAGUCACGAUCUUCGUCUUCACAAAGCUUGAAUCUUGCAACUUUUAGCGAACAGCUGCCUCUCUUAAUUCAGCAACACAAGCAAAAAAGAACUGAGCAAGAUCUGCAGAAAUGCGAGACAAAUCUUGGAAAAGAAAUGCUGCUUAACUCAACAGUGGUACACGAAAAUUCACUUGAUCCGCAACCACCACAAGAAGUUACUUCUUCUGACAACGCAAAUACGAACCUGAAGGAGCUGGGCUUAGAUCUGAGUACAAUGUAUCAUUUAGAUAUGGAAUGUGAUGACAUUGACGAUGUGCCAAUGGAUAUGGAUGAUUCUGACUGGCUAGAAUCAUUUGUGACUGCUCCCAAUGGACCAGCUUCCUUGGUCAGCUCUUCUUCAAAGUCACCACCACCACCACCUCCACCAUCAUCACCGCUUACCACUACUGCGACGAAGAUAAGGUCAACAGAACUGUUGUCUGCUGCAACAAUGACAAUGACGAUGACAGCACCAUUUUUAGUAGUCAAUAAUACUGUAAAUCGCUUCUCACCUACCCAGUCAGUAGAAAGUAGUGUUAAGCAAAAUAGCAGCACUAAUGUCAGCAACAUCAAUAACGAGUUUGACGAUCCGUUGCUGGCCAACAGUCAGGAUCCUUUUGACCUCUAUGGCAUAGUGGACUCAGAUUUUAAGAUAUCGUAUGACUUUCCCUCCAGUUGGGAUAGUAGCCAAGUCGACUUUGCUACCUAGUCAUUUUUUGCAACAGCAUCUGGUGCUUAUUUCUGCUUUUGACAUAUCUUUGUACUUACUCCUUACCAUAUAAUACAAAAUGUGAAUGGGAUUAAUAUGUUUAAAUGGAUGUCUGAACAUGCGUAUGAUAGAGAAUUAAAUUUUAUCUGUCACAGAAAGUCAGUGAAUACUAAAAUUGGUUAACUUUUAUAUAAAAAUUUAUGAAUUCUCUGGUAGUACGCAUUACUAUGGUCGUUACUUUAAUAGUAUUAUUGGAUAUUUUUAAACUACGCUUUAUUUUCCAAUGGUAAGAAAAGUUUGAUAAAAAAUCGAAUCUGCUCAUGGGCUGGAGCGUUAAUUUAAAAAUAAUAUAUAGGGCCGAAGCAUUCAAUUUUUAGGAGUCUUGUCUGCUAAAUAAUAUUAAAAAAAAUUUUUUAAAUAAUAAAACCAAUGUUACACGCUAUUUAGUUGU